UGAGCUUGUUUGGCUUUUAUAGUAGGCCUAAUGUGUCAAUAUUUAUCAUGUGCAAAAAAUGGGGCCCACUUUGUUUGAUUUCGUGUAAAGUUUUGUCUUACAGGGUUCGGCAUGUUUUGCGCACCCUCAGAAAUGUGGGGACCAAUGUCCACCCUGUCCUGCUUGGCCACGCGACACGUCCUGGGUGCCCUUAGAGCAUACUCCACUCAUGUAGCACCCACAACUAAGAUGUUCAUCAAUGGACAGUUUGUGGAAUCCAGAGCCACAGAAUGGAUUGAUGUCCACAAUCCGGCAACCAAUGAAGUGGUGACCUGUGUUCCAAAGUGUACCCAAGAUGAGAUGCAGUCAGCAGUGGAUGCUGCCAUAACAGCUUUUCCAAAGUGGUCUGAGACAUCCAUUAUGACCAGACAACAGGUCAUGUUUAGGUUCCAGCACAUCAUCAAGGAGAACAUGAGUGAGCUUGCCAAGUGUAUUACACUGGAGCAAGGCAAGACUUUAGUUGACGCAGAAGGUGAUGUCACGAGAGGAUUGCAGGUGGUUGAGCACGCAUGCAAUAUUACCUCACUUCAGCUGGGUGAGACACUGCCUUCCAUUGCUAAGGACAUGGACACAUACACAAUGCGAGUUCCUUUGGGUGUUUGUGCUGGAAUUACACCAUUCAACUUCCCAGCAAUGAUUCCUCUUUGGAUGUUUCCUGUAGCUGCUGUAUGUGGUAAUACAUAUGUGAUGAAACCAUCUGAGCGUGAUCCAGGAGCAUGUAUGAUGCUAGUUGAGAUGGCUAAAGAGGCUGGACUACCAGAUGGUGUAGUUAAUGUCAUCCACGGUCAACAUGAUGCUGUGAAUUUCAUCUGUGAUAAUCCUGCCAUCAAGGCCAUCUCUUUUGUGGGGUCUGACCAGGCUGGUAUCUAUAUCCAUGAACGAGGCAGUCGGAAUGGUAAAAGAGUGCAAGCCAAUAUGGGUGCUAAGAAUCAUGGUGUCAUCAUGCCAGAUGCUAAUAAAGAAAACACCCUAAAUCAGCUUUGUGGUGCCGCUUUUGGGGCAGCUGGCCAGCGAUGCAUGGCCCUGUCUACUGCUGUCUUUGUUGGUGAUUCCCAGGAAUGGAUCCCAGAUCUGAUAGAAAGAGCCAAGAAAUUGAAAGUCAAUGCAGGUGAUCAGCCUGGAGCUGAUUUAGGCCCUCUAAUAUCACCGGUUGCUAAGGAUAGGGUUUGUGACUUGGUACAGUCAGGAAUUGAAGAAGGAGCUACUGUGUUGCUGGAUGGGCGAGACAUCAAAGUACCUGGCUAUGAGAAGGGAAACUUUGUUGGGCCAACUCUCCUGUCAGAUGUCAAGCCAAACAUGAAAUGCUACAAGGAGGAGAUCUUUGGCCCAGUGCUGUUGAUUAUUACAGUGAAUACCAUGGAUGAAGCCAUUGAUCUGAUCAAUAAGAACAUGUAUGGCAAUGGUACUGCCAUCUUUACCACCAAUGGGGCCACUGCUAGGCAGUAUACAGAAAGGAUUGAUGUGGGUCAGAUUGGGAUCAAUGUCCCUAUCCCAGUCCCCCUUCCAAUGUUUUCCUUCACUGGUUCCCGUGGUUCCUUCAGAGGGGAUACCAAUUUCUACGGCAAGCAAGGCAUUCAGUUUUAUACCCAGCUGAAGACAGUAACCCAGCUAUGGAAGGCAGAGGAUGUAACACAUACCAGGGCAGCUGUGGCUAUGCCUGUCAUGAAGUAGACAACGGAAGAAGAUCAGGAAUCCUACAGAUUUUAAAGAUUGAGGUUUGGGGAAAAAUAGACCAAAUUCGCAGUGUCUCAGUCUGGCAUCCUGGACAUGGACACACAUCUGCCUCUCCUCAACUGUCACAAUAUUAGUACCAUCAAAAUACCUAAGUGUCUUUAAGUAUAUACAAAUAUUUAGUUUCACAUUGUCUUUUAUGUUCAUUUUAUAAUUAGUUUACUAUUUUUGGUCAAUAAAUGUAACAAUGAAUGCUCAUGAAUUAUUUGAAGCAUGGUUUUGCUUGGGGUAUAAAAUGUAUGAGAUGGUUAAAUAAAAAACAGGACAAGUAAUCUUUCUGAACAAACCUUAGAAUUUUGUACAAAUAAAGGAAAAAUCAGAACCCUUAAGGCCUUGAUCUUCUGUAUGCAUUACACUUGGGUGUUUCAUUGGAUUUUUUUCCCCUGCGAACUGAAUGUGACCUGUCUGUUACUGAAAGUCUCACUCAUCCCAUAGAUCUUUCCUCUGUCUUCAAGGGUUCGUGCUUUGGAAACCUCUGUUUUGAUUUUGAUUCAAACCCCAUAGGGUAUGAAAAGAUUGCCUGUCUAAGCUGCUGGCUAAGCAGACAAUAGUUUGUCAGAUUUUCUGGAAAAUGACUAACAAUGAUUGCCAGAUUUAACUGAUUCCAGUAAUAAAUUAGUAAAAUUGCAUUUAGAAAAUUCAGUGGAACCUGGAGCUAGUCGUUUACUUGCAGGUGGUUGUGUUAAAAUGGGUUAAAAAAAACCCACAGCUUAUCAGUACUAUUGCGCUGAAUGAGCCAGUUUGGUAUUUCAAAAAGCCAUGGUUUUUUGAGGACAAAGCAUGCACUUGAGUAAGUGUAUGGCUGCACUGAUAAGACAGAUUAUUGUGCGUGUAGCUGUUUCCGAACAGCCUCGUGCUGGGCAUGCAAUGUUGGAAUACUGAACUGGCUUACUGUCUUCGAUAUUUGCCCCUACUUUGUUUUUGGCCUUGUUGCUAGGUUGAACACUGUAGUUCACUCUCAUGGAAGAUGUAAUACAUACAUGUACAUUUAGAACUAAAAUAUAUUCACUUUGGAUUGAAGCUGUGUGAAACAAUACUUGCAUGUAAGUGUAUACAGUAUAUAUAAAAAUAAAUAGGACCCCAUAUAUACAUGUAUAUAGAAUUGUCCACAAACUAUUCAGAAGAAAAACUUGCAGAAUUUAUCCAAAAUAUGAAGAGUGUAGCAUGCACCUAGACAGACUGUUAAUACCUUGGAGUAUUGAUGCACAUACUUGGCAUAAGUUAAACCAUUUGAUUCCCUGAGGGGUAGGGAUAACCUGUUUACUUUGUCACUAGUCAAUAGUAGUGACAUCAUUGCAUUGCAAAGAAGAUAUAUGAGAGAAGGAAUUCAGCUUGAAAAGUCUUCAGUGACUUGAGUCUACGUACAUGUAUGUACAGUACAUUAUGUGCAGAUGUGGAGCCACAUCAGAAUUACUUUUGAAGGGAUGGGACAGGGAGUAGCUUGUAGAAGUAGGUCUAUCAGAGAUUUUGACUAGCAGCUGUAGUGACUUCCCACAGAUGGUUGUUUUGCCAUCAGUCACGUCCAACAUGGCAAGUUAAUGUAUGUGUGGAUGAAUUUCUCAACUACAUCGGCUGUCUGAUCACAAGUGUAAUGAAGUUAUUUUUGGUAAUUUGAAAUUCAUUUUUCAGCUGGGUACAUAUUUUUGUGCAGCCAACUAGCCAAUUAAACUGCCCCUAUGUCUGCUUUUCUACAUUUUUCAUGUUGACAAAGGUAUUAAUGUACAUGUUACAUGUAACAGGCGAUCCAAUCAUGAAAUGUUUAAUUAAAUACCUGUAUUUGGAACACAAGAGUGUACUUUUAUUUUUAUUCAAGAGGAAACCUGAUUUAUUUCUGGACAGCAUUUUAAAGUUUUCUAUUUCAACUACAAGAAUAGCUGGGUGUCGAUAGAUAUUACUCUGCUAAAAACAUGUACUGCCCAAAUUACUUUAUGAUAUCAACCUUAAAUUUUGAAGCUAGAAUUAUAUUUAACAGACUCACAACCAAAGAGUUAGUCCCAAUACUUUAGCUUUCAGUUUUGCAUUUUAUGCCAUUCUAUUCUCACUGUAUGGAUCUCACUGCUGUGUUGCAUUAACAAAGCACUUUCAAUUACAUGAAAAGCAUACUUUAUAUCACAAAUGUAAACACAGGACUGUCUGCAUAAGUUUAUGUUUAGGCACAUUGAAAUGAAAAGCUUUAAUAAAACAAAAAUAUGCAUCACUUUCAAGAAACCAUAUUUUGAAAAGCUAUAAUAGCUAAAUGAAUAAACACUGUACAAACAGAAAUUGGGGGGAAAAGUCCCCUAGUAGAUUUGCCUUUAGUUAUUUUUAGGGUUUUGUUUUCCAACAUCAAUUUAUGACUCUUUUGCGGAUAAGCAAUACCUGAAUUGUCCAUUUCCUGGAUGCUUGGGAAAAAAUGGAAAUUGUUAAAGAGGCUUUUGAGUGUGCUUGCCAAAAUACAAGUUAUGGAUGACACCCAUUUGAUUAAAUCAGACUUAUGGCACUAUUUUUUUUGCAGAUACACAACUUCCAUCAUGUCACUUGUCCUUGCAAAAAUACAAAAACAGUGUAAGCAAACAAAGUGGAUCGUAGCAGAUAUAUUCUAACCCCCCCAAAUGCUGUAUCCCAGCUGUAUUUGAAAGAAAUCUGCAGAUUUUCAUUUAAAUGAUGGUGAGCAAUCUUAAAAAUGAAAAUAACAAACCACCCAAAAAACUCAAGUUCCAUUACAUCUCUCAUGGUUGUGAAAUUCAAAUCAGAAUAAGGAGCUUCCUUCAUCUUUGUAAAAAAUUUAAAUACUAACCAGACAGUCAUAUCAUGAAUUCAUGAGUAAGAAAAUCAAUUAAUAUUGGCAGCACAUAGGCCUGUAAGAAAAAAGGAACUCUGAUUCAACUACAUAUGCACAUUUCAGAGCAUACUGCCACAAAAGCACAUGCAAACAUUUACUUUUACAGAUAAAAAUUCUGUGAAAGCAUGCAUGCAAGAUUCUAAACUUCAUAAUUGAAUUAGGUACAUAUAAAUUAACAUUAGUAUAAUUGUACAAUAUACACAAGUUACAAUAAUUUAUAGAUAUAAGCCUAAAUAACCCUUUUUAUAUUGGAAAUAAAGAAACCUCCAAAUGUAUAAUACACCCUCUGGAACUUACACAGCCGUCUGAACAGACCUAGCAUCAAUAUUGGACUCAGUUGUUCAAGUCCAACAAUACAGAUAUUGAAACAGGAAAUGAUUGAGCAAUCUGGGUCUUUCCCAACUUGGGGGGAGGGGCAGGUUUCAACCUACCAAGGUCUUGUGGACACAACCCUUAGUACAGAUAUUUCUUUGAUCACUUUAUCUAACCAAAAGAUGAUAUUGCAUGUGUAUUGUACAAUAGAACAAUUGAACAGUCACCACACAGAUCAGUUAGACACGAACAAAAUCAAAGUGCAAACAAAAAUGAAAAAAACAGCAGUCGG